AAUUAAAGCAGUUAACAUACUAAAUAUUCUCUCAGUGUUCUUUCUUUCUUCCAAUUUUUUUGCUUUCCAAAUCUGCUAAUUUGUGAACAUGUAAGAAACAAAACUCCAUUUCUAGAUCUUCCAGCUCAAACGCGUUGAACCAGCCGGACCGCUCGAAUCUCCGGUUCUGUCCGAUUUUUCCGGUUUUUUUAUUCCGGUUUGUUUGUAGAGCGGUUUUAAGACCAGAUCGGACCGGUCACAGGUCCGGUUUUCAUUACGUUGUCUGUACUUUAAUUGAAAUUACGGAAAUGCCAUUCUCAGUGUCGUUUCUUCUGUGUUAAGCCUAAGAAGCAAUAUUCCUGAGAAAUAAACAAAAGUUAAGGCCACAGUAAAAAUGAAGGCGUUGGGAUGGUGGCUGAUAGCGGUUGGGACGCUUCGAUUAGCUUCCGUAUGGUUCGGUUUCUUCGACAUUUGGGCUCUUCGACUCGCCGUCUUCUCUAAAACUACCAUGAGUGAAGUUCAUGGACGCACAUUUGGAACUUGGACACUGUUGACCUGCACCCUCUGCUAUAUCUGUGCAUUCAACCUUGAUAACAAGCCUCUUUACCUAGCAACUUUUUUGUCAUUCAUCUACGCGCUUGGUCAUUUCUUGACCGAAUACCUAAUUUAUCACACAAUGGCGAUUUCGAAUCUCACCACUGUCGGCAUAUUUGCAGGAACAUCAAUAGUAUGGAUGCUAUUGCAAUGGAAUGCGCACCUGAAAGUCCGCUCGAAGCCCUCUAAUAGAAAGCAUUAGCAAGCAAGAGUUAUGGGAUGAAAGUGCAAUGUGAAUUGUACUAUAUUAGAAUGUGUUAGGAAAACAAAGAGACGUUGCUCUAAUAUCUCAUCCUUGUCCUUUUACUUCGUUUCAAGAGUAAUUCAAGUUGUUAGAAUUCAAACUUUUGCUACCCAUUGCUGGUUUACAAAAUUGAUGGCAUUGUGUUUCCUUUUUGGAUGCAAUGGGUUUAUCCAUUCAAAAUACAAGUCAUUUUUGGGUUUGUAUGAGAAAUACAAAGCAUUAAGAAUGGACGAUUUAUUCAUAUAAGCAUGUCAUGGAGUAAUGCUUCAAUGAUAAUUAUGUGACA